AUGACCAGGAUAGUUCUGGUAUUGGCUUUCGUCUAUGCGUUGGUCUUUUGCGCAUGUACCGGCGCGCAGUCGUGCACUUUCAACACAAGCACGGCAGCAACGCCGGUGGCUACUUCAGUGGACAGCCAAGACGACAUCAGCGAUUCUUCAGACAGCGAUGAUGACAGUGUAUCUACAAGCGUGGGGUUCACCAUUGGCAACGCUCUCAAUGCUACCAGCACGAUCAAGUCCACUUACAAGAACUGGAUUGGCUCCGCGCUCGGCACCGCGGCCGACACGGCAUGCUACCGCGAGUCUCACAUCGCGAAGACGUGUCCCUUGGGGUUCAACAGCAAGCUUGGAACGUGUUGGGCUCAGUGCCCCUACUCGUACCCCGUGCAGUGUGGAGUUGAGUGCAUUCGACAGAACGACGACUGCGCACUCGAGGUUGUGAGCAAGGUGGCAUCCGUUGCCCAGGCCGUCUUCUCUGUGGCGAGUUACAACAUGUACGGCGAGUUCAAGCUCAUGGCAAAGGGCAUUCAGAUUGCGUUCAAGUGUGGCAAGGAGAUGAUGGGGUUGGUCAAGACCCUGUCCAAGUACAUCCGCACCGUUGAAGUGUCGGACCCCCAGACCGCCCAGGACAAGCUGCUGACGAUGCUCUACCAGACCGACAACGUGGUUUUUGACGUGCCAAUCACGAUCGCUGCAUGCUUAGGAAUCAAGGUGGACGAGCAACUCAAGUUCGCUGACAGAGUUCUGAACACCGCUGAGCUCGCUUUGAAGGAGAUCCUGGCUAAUGGCGCCGCUAUCGUGUCCAGCUGGGCUUCGUUCACGACUUUCAUGAAGAACAUCACGCUGGGCGAGUCUAUCAGCUCGUUAAAAGACACGGAUAUCACGUCUCUGAAGUCGGCGCUGAAGGCCAAUAACACUUGCGGCUACGACAUGAAGCGUUUGCUGGAUCGUACUUGGAUGACCGUAGCUGAAUUGCGUCGCCAGAACCCGAGCAUCUCCGAGGAUGACAUCCGCGUCGCAAUGAGCAAGUCGAGCCUCGCGCUGUAUGACAUUCCUACCGUGACGAACAACUGCAUGGAAGAACUCAUCGCUGAGUCGGACAAAGCUACAGCGUAUAAAACUCGGGAUACGCUUCGCAAGGGGAUUGGCGCAGUUGUGAACGACCUGAUCAGCUCGGGAACGAGUACCAACGGCACGCUCUUAACGGCCGCGCAGUACGCUUACAAAAUUGCUGACAAGGUCGCGACGUUUUACGCGGUUUGGGAGAGGAAGAACAUCGGUGGCGCGAUUUCCGAAUUCUUUCAGACCAUUUGCGGACCGACGCAGUUCAUCGGAGAAAUCGACGACGGUACUGCCGAAGAAGCGCUGGGCCUAAAGACCGUAAAGAAGGCUUUCAACAACAGUGCAGGCAACUGGACCAAGGUUGGAGACGGCACGGUCACCAUCACGUUCGAGAGUGCCGACACUAAGGACGUGACUGUCAACAUUAAGUCUGGUGGUUCCAAGAUCGAUGAAGUUGCCGUUCCGGCUGGCAAAAGCGUGACUUGGAAUUCGAAUGUGACGGCACUGGGGGGCAAGACGCUGUACUUGGAUCGAUGGCGCCCAGGCUUCCUGGGGCUUCCUGGUACCGGUGGGGGUUCGUUGCUGCUGUGGGUCCCUCGAUCGACUCAGGGAGGCAAGUUGCAGCUCACCGCAAAGCUCAAUGUGAGCUGA